AUGAAGAGCCUUCUGCUUUCACUUGCUCUGCUCGAGCUGCUGCUCCGGCACAAAGGAUCGGCACUGUUACUGGACAAGAACUGCGCCUGGACCGACGAAGACGGCCCACUCCAUACUCCUUGGUUAGCCAAAGUAAACAACGAAAAAGGCUUUAUAUGCGGUGGCGCGCUGAUUACCAAAAACUAUGUGCUCACAGCCGCGCAAUGCUUAUAUAAUCAAAAGCCGCCCAUGUUUGUCCAACUGGAGGAAAGGCUCUUCAAUGUGAGCCGCGGCAUAAAGCAUCGUGAUUAUCGAGUGCAGCCCGGCCCGAAUGAUAUUGGAUUGCUAAAACUCGACGGUGAAGUGAACUACACCACCGAUGACAUUCGACCCAUCUGCAUCUUAAUGGAUGCCGCCUCUGUGUUGCGGAACAAGAACAGAUUUUAUGGCUUUGGCUGGGAAAGAAUAGAGACUGGAAAAGUCAGCCAAUUUGAGAUGACCACCGAGGUGAGGCGUCUGCCUUCGGAAGAGUGCCAGCAUGACAACAUGCCCCAGUUGACUAAUCAUAGCACGCAAAUCUGCGCCGAGGCGCACUAUGGACCCUGCAACGGCGAUGCGGGAGGACCCCUAGUCGUUAUCAUCAAUAAUCGCUCAGUUCAGGUCGGCAUCACAAGCAAUGGCCCUGCGAGUUGCAAUGGUCCUGCGGUGUACACAGACGUGACGAGCUACACCCGCUGGAUAGCUUCCAUUGUACGAUCAAGAAUAUUAUAA